CCCCCCCCCCCCCAUCGUGCAGACUGCCCAUCUGGGAUCUGACCUCGCUGGAGGACACGUUCACUGACUCGCUUCAUAAGGACGCCUUAACGAUGCGAGACCGCCGCCUGCUGUAGUGUGAUCCGUGGGAAGAGACGGAUUGCCUCAUAGAUCAGAGAGGGAGAUGCCAGAGAGGAUGUCCGGCUGAACCUGGUGCCGCUGCCUGCUGGUUAUUUUUCACCCAUUAUUUCCUGUUUUUUGUCAUUGUGCGCCUCUCGAGACUCAAACACCUCUCGGAUGGUGGCCUGAUCAGCUGAAUGUCAGCUGCUUGUGGAGCAUGGGUACAACUGCCAGUGCCGCGCCACAGCCUGUUUCCGUCGCGUCGCCGCUUGAGAUUGUCCAUGGCAACGGGAUGGCCGACAGCAGGCGGUCUCUCAGCACGAGCCCCUUUCAGACGGUCAACAUCCACAGCAACAAGGCCAAGUCCAUUAUCACCAACAAAGUCGCACCCGUCGUCAUCUCGUAUAAUUUCAGACAGGAAUUUCAGAUUCACGAUGAAAUCCUCAAGACCAACUACAAAGUGGGUCGGCUAUCAGACGCAAUGCCGGAGCACUACCUGGUGCAGGGGGAGUACUUCAUGGUCCAGGAUGUGCACAGCAAGGCGGACGUCCUUAAUACCACGGGCAGCCAUGGAGCGCCGAACUUCCGCCAAGUGAGGGGAUCCUACCCGCUGUAUGGGAUGGGUCAGCCGAGCCUGAAUGGCUUCAAACAUGUCCUCCAGAGGCUCCAGGCACAAGGACACAAGGAGGUUAUAUUCUUCUGUGUAAGAGAGGAGCCAGUGGUUUUCCUGCACAAGGAUGACGACUUUGUGCCGUACACACCGAGGAGGAAGGAAAACCUCCACGAAAACCUUCAUGGCCUGGAGAAGGAGGAGCCGGUGGAGAAGCUGGAGCUCACGAUCAGGAAGGAGCUCCAUGACUUUUCCGAACUCAACGAAAACAUCUUCUAUGUCUACAACGACAUCGAGCACUUUAAAGACGAGCCGCAGAAGAUCUCCAUCACGUGCGAGGAGGACAUCCAUGUGACGGAAGAGGUCUAUAAGAGACCCAUGUUCACCAUGCCGGCCUACAGGUACUACAGAUUGCCACUACCGAUGGAGGGAGCGCCAUUGGAGGAAGACUUUGACGCAUUUGUUAGCAUACUCAGGGAGAGCCCCAGCUUGUCUCUGGGCCACGAUGCGUCCCGGUCGCUGCCCGCUCUGCUCUUCAACUGCCAGGUGGGCGUCGGCCGCACCAACUUAGCCAUGAUCCUGGGCACACUGGUCAUGAAUCGCCUGAGGGGUGAUUCACAACCGGCAGUUGAGGAGGCGGCGGCUCCGGAGCCCAAACCACUGUUUCAGGUCAUCCAGUCUCUGAUCAACAAGCUGCCGAAUGGUCAGCAGGUUAUGGAAGAGGUUGACCAGGCUAUCAACCUUUGUUCAGAAAUGCACAACAUAAAAGAAGCAAUAUAUGAGAACAAGAGUAAACUGGAAGGGAUCGGAGAAGAUUAUCAAGUUCAGGGAAGCAGUACCAAGGACUACUUUCUCAACAGAACCAUGCAGAGCUUGGAGCGCUACUUCUACUUGAUUGUAUUUAAUGCAUACCUUCAUGAACAGUAUCCUCUUGCCUUUGUGUCCAACUUCAGCCAGUGGAUGUGCUGCCACGCUUGGCUCUACAGGUUACUGGCCUGCAUGGACCUAUCGGAGCUGUCGGCUCCGGCCGAGCUGGUCACCAGGGGGGCCCGAGUCCUGGUGGCUGACGAGUGGUUGGCUCCUGACGUGCUCGGCACCGUAAAGGAGAUGAAGGCGGUCAACUUCAGACGAGUGCCCAAGAUGCCCGUUUAUGGAAUGGCUCAGCCAACAUCAGAGGCUACCGGAGUAGUUUUGGCCCACCUGACGGAUGAGAAGAGGAAACACGGCCACGUGCUGUGGGUCAACUUGCAGGACGAGCUGGUGCUCGAAGGGAAUGGUCAGAUCUUUACACCGAGGGAGCCCUCGUGCAUGGACCAGCACAUUCCUAUCCCUUUGUCUGACCCACAGCAAAUAGAGAAACUGGAGACAUCUCUGAAGGAGGAGAUCCUGAGAGCUCAGAAGUGGCUUGAAGUGACGCUGGAGCAGGAGAAACAGAUGAAGAUGUUUAAAAGCUGCCUGACGGUCCAGGAGAUAUUCAACCAGCACAAAAGCUCCCAGCAGGGCUUCGUGAGCAAACGCAUCCCGCUACCCGAAUGCAGCGCGCCCAGGGAAGAGGAUUUUGAUAAGCUGCUGGAGGCCAUGAAGAGUUCCUUGGCUGAGGACUCUCACUGCGCUUUUGUUUUCAACUGUUCCAACGGCAAAGGAAGGACCACGACCGCCAUGGUCGUCUCUGUUCUGACUCUCUGGCACUUUAAUGGUUUUCCAGAUUUUGGCGACGAUGAGAUCGUGAGUGUUCCUGACGCCAAGUACACAAAAGGGGAAUUUGAGGUCGUGAUGCAGCUGGUACGUCUUCUCCCCGACGGCCACAGGAUGAAGAGGGAGGUGGACAUGGCCCUGGACUCUGUCAGCGAGACCAUGACCCCCAUGCACUACCAUCUGCGAGAGAUCAUCAUCUGCACGUACAGACAGAUCAAAAGUGGUAAGACGGAGAAGGCGUCUCAGCAGCUGCUGCUGAGGAGCCUGCAGUACCUGGAGCGAUACAUUUACCUCAUCCUCUUCAACACAUACCUGCAUCUGGAGAAGAAGGACUCCUGGCAGCGCUCCUUCACUCUCUGGAUGGAACAGGUGGCUUCCAGAGCCGGAGUUUAUGACAUCCUCAACCAGCUGGGCUUCGCCGAGUUUGGAAACCCGAGGGACUCGCUGCUGGCCCGGCUGCGCUGCCGCUGGCAACGGGAGAACAUUCAGUCACUUCCUUUCCGUGGGGAGUUCAUCUGAGAGGAUCACUGUGAACUCACCAACAGAGUACUGGGCUUUUCAGAAUAAAAGACAUUCACGUUAGCAUUAUAACGCCUUCUAUAUCUACCCCUGUAUUAUGCGUAUCUUCACUUCAUCUAUUGUUUAACAUGUGUGUUAGCAGAAUGUUGCUCCUAUAUUAGAAGUUGAUAUUUGUGCCUUUGUCUUUCUUUCUUUUUUAAUGAAUGGUAAACCAUAUAAUUUCAAUGUACUAAUAUUUAUGUUACUUUUUAAGUGUCUCACAUUUGAAGAUGUUCCUUGUUGGAACAAGUUGAGCUGAAUGCGGGCCAUUGAGGAGAGAAGCACAUUCCACUGUGUUGUUGGACAACCAUUUUGGUUGCACGUCACAACCGUUGGCUGUUGAGUGACCUGAUAUUUUUCUUGAGCCCCGUCCUUUUCAUCUUCGCACAGCUGUCAUCAACGGCUGUGCAAUUGUUUGACUUGAUAUUUUCAAUUUUGUUCCCCCGUGUACAUACAAAUGCAUUUGUUAUUUAAAUUCAUCUUUGAGUUUUCUAAAGCCGUGCUGUUGAGCGGCUUCUCGCUCAAGAUGCUGUCAGUCAGACUUUCUUUCGCAACAGUAUAACACCAGUGUUUUUUUGUUUUUUUACAUUUAUCUAUACGUGUCAUGAUAAAGGUACUAACAGUACAGCAUGUCAGGAGUUACUUUUUUUACUUUUAAUCUGUAAAUGUGUCUUUUGUGUUUGUAGACAUUGGAGCGAUGUUGCUUUCAAAUUGUAAACAUAUACUUUUUUAUGAUAGUUCCAUGAAAGGCUAACACUACUUAAGAACUAGAGAUGUUAUCUUUAUCUGCAUUAUUCUUCCAUUUUCAAAACCUGGUGCCUACAUGAUCCACAAUGCAACUCGACCGCCGACGUAGCAGUAAUGCAGAUGAUACCACUGGAUAAAUAUACUUUUAAAAGUUAUAAUUGAUUCGUCAGCCAUUCCGGGCAACAAUUACACCUUUUAUUGUGUCCACCACAUGCCAAAUAUUCUUUACCAUGCCAUAAACUGUACAGUAUUUCUUGAAAAGUCCCAACACUUUUUUGUUUUUGAUUAUGUUGUCACUCUUUAAUUUACUGAUAUGUUUUUUGGGUUGUAAAGUAACUUGUAGUUAUAGUGUGCUUUAAAAAGCACAAAUGCUGCCUUAAAACCAGAAAGAUAAGCAAGAAAAUAAAUUUAAAAUCCUUCCUCCA